AGGAGAGUGUUGUGUUGUGAAGGAGGGAGUCAUCGUGGAGCUGCUGGUGGUGGUGGAGCUGCUCGCCUCACACCAUGACCCUCACACUCUGACCCUCACACUCUGACUACCUCACACUCGUCACCUUACAUCAUGGAGCACAGUGCCAUUGACGCCUGCAUAGAGGAGUGGGAGACUCUCAGCAACGAGUACAGAGCACUGGAGAAAAUUCACAAGGAAUAUCGAGAAAAAUUGGAAGAUCUAACCCAGCUACAACAAAAGUGUAUCAAAGGGAUCGCGCACCAGCGAUAUAGAAUUACUAUCAUUAAACAGUCCCUUAAAAAGCUGGAUCACAGAGAUGAUCCUGACAACAGAGAAAGAAAUGCGCUGCUUCAGACUGACCUCAUUCGGCGGAAGGCUCAACUAUAUGACAUGGAGAACAACAUUCCAAAAGAGAACGGUCUCUACCUUAAGAUCAUUCUCGGCAAUAUUAAUGUUUCAAUAUUAAACAAAGAAGAAAAGUACCGGUACAAAGAUGAGUACGAGAAGUUCAAGCUUGUUAUUAAUCUUGUAGCAUUUGCCAUCUCUACCUUCAAUAUACUUACAAACAUCAGGACAGCUGAUUUGAUUCACAUGUUCCUCUUGGUGUGGUACUACUGCACGCUAACCAUCCGAGAAAGUAUUUUAAAGGUGAAUGGUUCAAGGAUCAAGGGCUGGUGGAGGGCACAUCAUUUCAUAUCGACAGUUUUGUCAGGAAUUCUUCUUAUUUGGCCUAACGGGGAAACCUACUAUGCAUUCCGUAGGCAGUUCAUGUUCUUCAAUAUGUAUAUUAGUUUUGUACAGUAUCUUUUGUUCAUGUAUCAACGUGGCUGCCUCUACAGACUCAAAGCUCUCGGGGAACGUCACAAUAUGGACAUAACUGUUGAAGGCUUUCACCACUGGAUGUGGCGGGGUCUUGGCUUCAUCAUACCUUUCCUCUUGAUAGGAUAUAUGUGGGAGCUUUAUAAUGCCUACACACUCUACCUCCUCUCCUUUGCUGACAAUGCAGAAUGGCAUGUAUCGACACUGGCCAUUCUGUUUCUCGUACUCUUUCUGGGAAACACCCUCACUACCCUAUCAGUCAUUCCUCAGAAGAUCAAGGAACGCAUGAAAUUCAAGUAUCGCUUCACUCGCCUUGAUAAGUACAUCUGGACACACAAAAAACGACGUGUGUCAUUCAGGAAUCCAGAGUCCCCUCAGCGACGUACUCCAGCUGCCCGAGCUGCUUCAUUCUCCUACAAAAGGCGAGAGGUCACGGAAGAAGACGAGGCUCUAAAUUCCCCUAUGCCACAGGAAAAGCAAUUUGAUAAGGAAAGUGAAGACCAGGCAGGUUGUGAAGAAACAGAGUUAAAUCAAAUUCUAGAUGUUGUCACUAGAGAUAUUGACUUUAUGAAGAUUGACCAAGAGAAUGACAAUGACUCCAACACUGAUGUUAAAGUGAAUGAAGAUAAGAGUGAAGAUAUUGGAGAAGUCAACACUGAUGAAGCUCCUCUCCUGCAUGAUUCAUUCAAUGAUGAAACAAAAAAGGACAAAUAAAUACCAGUUAAAAAGCAAUCAUUUUAAUAUCAAACUACAGUACUUUUGAUGAUAGAUCUCUGUACUCAUCCAUUUACCAAUAAUAUAAAAAGCAUCAAAGAUAUGCAUUAACAAAAUACUGGUUUAGGUAUAUAGCAGUACUGUACAACUACAAUUGUUAAUAAAUAUUUGAAGGAGAGUGUUUCAGAGAGUGAAGGAUGAUAAGGUACAUGUACUGUAGUUUGUACUUCCCACUUCCAAUGCCUCUGUGGCUUGUGCAAGCUCAGAAUGCAUCUUGUCCAUAUAUUCGGCAAGAUUCCAGUGUGUCUGGACUUGCCAGUUUUGUUUCCAUACAGUCCUCAGGUAUUGAUCUUGGUGUUCUUUUGUCUACUUGCCUGUCUGGUCUUCAGUAGAACUUUGGUUAUCCUGUGUAGUUGGUAGUGAAAGAUUGUGGUGCCUGUUUUGCCUCAUUAUAAAUGUGCGGUUCUUCCAGCUGUUGAUAUUCAAAAUAUUAUUCCAUGGGUCCAAAUUUUCAGGAACAUCCAUUUAAUUCAGAUAUUCUUAACAGAAAGCUGUUUAUUAAUUUUUUGCCAUGCUCUUCCUUCAGAAAUUGUUUAUAUUGUACAUACAUAUAUUAACAUGCAUAAUGUUUCCUAUAACUGAUAAGCUUUCAUAAAUCAAAUUGUGAAGUAAUGAGUGAUAAAUUACUUCUGGUCAUAAUGUUGGGUUGUACUGUAAUACUUUAAGGUGUGGGGGAGGAGUAUUGUUGAGUGUACCUUGAGUACUGUGUUAUAUUGCACGUGUGAUGCUCGGCCAGUGGGUGUUAACACGACUUUGCUGCACUAAUGAAGAAAAUGUCAUCCAAAGUUGCAAGUAUAUUUUUACCAGUUGUAAAGGUAUAAAUAAUAAUUAUAAUAUUAAAGAAGCAAUCCUUGGGUUGUAUAUUGCCAGCGUAUCGAGUAUUCUAUACUUGCGUGUUGCAAUUACUUUUUGAAAGUGUAUACUGUACUUUAUAUUCAUUAAUAUUGAUUUAUAUUUAGCUGUUGAUUUGAAAUGAACAUAAUUUUAUUCCAUGCAUUUUGUUAAGGAGUACAGAGGCAAUACUAUGCAAAGGUAUAUGGAAGAAAUAGUUUUUAUUAAGAUAUUGCCAAGUAUUAUAAAGAUUAAUUAAUACCUAAUAAGCUCUAAAUCUAUUUUUCCUCAAUAGUGGGUUAUGAAGCAUUAAUUUUUUAUAUAACUUGUCAAGAACUUUCUUAUAAAAUAAACUCGCACCCUGAUGAUUAAUAUCUAGAGAGGUGUAUUGCUCAGUAGAAAGUAUAAAUAUACAUUUUUUAAUGAGUGCCAAGGCAAAAAUGUUAUUGUUAUAGGGAAAUAAUACCUUGAAAGUUAAAACUAUUGCAGUUACACAAGUUACACUGUCUCUCUCUCUCUCACAGUUUGGGUGGUUUGUCUCGUAAAUUAUCACACACACAGUUUGGGUUGCAUGGUCUCUCCUAUACUGUUAGUAUUGUUGGUCAAUAAUGCAGCAUCAAAUACAUCUGAAGCUAAAUUUCUGCAUGUGAAGACUUACAGCCUGCACAAAGUGGGAGAUCAUCUUUGAUAGAUGAAUAUUACUCUAGUGUAGGUUUUUCUUUUUUUCUUUUUUAAUUACAACUAGGUCUACAGACAUACUACUGUAAUGAAUAUGCACAAAUAUAUUCUUAUAAUAGAUUUUUGUAUGUCUAAGUGUUUUCUUCAAAAUCUUCAUUUCUUAAGGAAAGGAGGCUUAAUAAAAAUAAGAUAGGCUUGUAGUGAUUAUUGGAAGUGUCGUCUAUCUUAAUCUAUUAUUAAAGGCUUGUCUAUUCUCUUCUUACUGUAUUUUGUCUUUAUUUAUACUCUAACUGAAGAUGCUAAAAAGCUUUGUUUACAAUGUAAUAUUUUCUUUACUUCCAUUCUUAUACUUGGACGGUGUCAUGGUGUAUUCAAGGGCUUUCUGACAAUAAAAAUUAUUUUCAUUUUACUAGGCUUUUGACUUAUUUUAUUAAGGUCUGUUGCAUGUAAUGUUACUUCUUAGGGGAUGGCAACUUUGUUAAAUGCAAAAAAAAAAAAAUUAACAUUUGGAGCAACAUGAGCACUACACAGUAGGAGAUUCUUCAUUGUGAUAUGGUGUAAAUACUUUAAAAAAUGUAGCACUGUUAAUAUUUAAUGUAUAAUUUAAUUUUGGAUCAUAGCGUGCUAGAAGAAUUACAUAAAAUCAUUGAUAAUUUUUUUGACGACAAAAAUCCGCUCAUCUUUAUAACAUUGUGGCAAUAUAUAGAUAACUUUGCAUCUCAUUUCAAGCAUUUUAAAUGUAUUAUUAUUUUUUUUUUUUUUUUUGUAAUAAUAAACAUGGCUCAUGUAUUUAAAGAUUUGUGAAAAGGAAUAUGACAACCAUUAAUGGAGGUUGUGUACUUACCAGCUAGUCAUUUUGAGUCCAUAGUAUCGAACUCGCCGCCUUUUCUUUCCAUGGUUCAUUUUUAAGAUGGAGUAUGUAUGCUAGAAAUGCAACAUUUGUUCUUAUUAUGGAGUUAAAGUAAAAAAAUAAUACAGUGUAAGUAUUUUGCUCUUAAAGUCAAUAUAUUCAACUGUUAUAAAUUUAUUAUCUUUAGAUUAUUAAUGUUCAUUAUCAAGAUACGUACUUACUUUUUUUUACUCGCAUUUAUUUCCAAAAAAUUAAUUCGCUCCCCCAUUUGUUAAACCGUACAUAUUAGCAUCUUGUCACCUUGUCCCAAGUCUGUCACCCAGUAAUCGACAGAAGAGUGUGUUAUACCAUCUGAAAGGUUUCCCUUGUUUAAAGCAAAAUGGCUGAAAUAGAAUUACUGUACCAAAAUACUCCCACCAUUCUCAAACAUAUUCUUUUGUGAAAUUCUGCAUUGUGCUUCAAAUAAUAAAGCUAAGCACAAAAAGUAGUGGAGAAUUAUGUCGGUAACUGUCAAGUAAUGAAGUAGGAAAAAAAUAUCGAUUUGGAGUGAAGUUCUGUAUUAAGAUGCGGCUUUCUUGUGAUAAGUUUACAAAUAUUGACCCAGUCUAUCUGCAAAAGUUGUAUACUGUAUAUUUAUUAAAGUACAUUUAUGCAAAUAUUUUGUUAAACAUUUGUCUGUAAAGUCAGAUAUCUUAUUCAUAUCCUCAUUAACUUGACCCCAAUUUUCAGUACUGGACUAGCUUGUAUUAUUGUCCUUUGUGAACUUGAAAUAUUUUCAUCCAGCCCUUCUCACAGGUUUAAUAAUCCUUGGGAUCCAGCAUUGGAUCACAUGGCUAGUCAUUCAUACAUGAUAAAAAAUCUGACCCCAUUUGGUACUGUACAUCACUUUGAAGUUUUACACAAUAUAAUAAGAGAAUUCAUCCAUUUCCUCAUCUUUUAUUUCACCAAUAAAUUGAAAUAAUAAUAGUAUGAAACAAUAUUUCAAAUUUGUAAUCAUUUCAGAAUUCUUGGUCUUUUAAUAUGUACAUACAUGGUCAAGUAUUUAUUACAUUUUAUCAUGACACUUAGAUUAUUCAUAUAUUAUAUUAUUAAAAUAUCCAAGUCAGACAUUGUUUAUAUGUAAUGAAAGUUUCAAUUUUUCAAGCAUACAGUAUUUUAUUUGUCAAACUGUGCAAAUAAUGUAUUUCAAAAUGUGGGAACUUUCAAACUUUUGCAACAUUUUUAUCCAUCUAAAUUAGUAUUUUGCACAAAAUUAUGCUUUACAAUACAUGCUAUACUAUGUGCACUAUAAAGGCUUGCCAACAAUGGUUCUGAGGAACAGUGCAUAUUAUUGAAUGAACUUGGUAUUCGUAAGGAUUCAACUGUUACUAAUAAUUGUUCUAAAGAGACUAAUUGUAUUAAUUUUAAACUACAUAAUGAAAGGCUGUGUUAAUCGUUUCGUCUGGUAGUUUGUCACCCGUUAUACCUGUAUACUUUAAGGGAGGAGGUUGAAGAGGGAGAGCUCCUUGCUGCCAAAAUUGUUCUUCACUAUAGAUAAUACUUAUGUUUUUCUAUUUCCAAAUUGCCAUCUUAAAUGUUAUACAAAUAAUUUUGAUUUUGUAGUAAAUUGACGUAUGACAUAGCUAUACUGGCUUAGCACAUGCUUUUGCUAAUUUCUUAUUUUUCAAGAAGGGGGUUUUAAGUUACAGUAAUAUUGGCAGCGAGGCAAUAAAUAAGUUUUGUUAAAUGUGAUGCGAUACAUUUUGACAACUCUGAGGUUUCAAGUCCUGUCCAGUGAAAAUAUUGUGUGAUUACAGUACAGUAGUAACUACUGUGAGGCUUUGUGCAGUUAUUCCCUACAUUAGAGAUGAAAUAUGAUUUGAAUAGACAAAUGUUUGCCUUUUAAUAUAGUUGACUAUUGCAACCAUGCUCUUCGUGAACAUGACCUGCAUCCUAGUACUUAAUGUACAUUGAUAAACAAGUGUUGAAUAAUCACAUUGAGUAUAAGUGAAUCCAUCAAGUUACAAUUUUCAAUCCUUGGUUAUUACUGUUAAAAGAUCCCAUCAUUGUUGAAAAGCUCGAGCUGUAUCUCUGAUAAAGUAUAUAUAUAUAAAGCAGUAAUUUACAAUGGUAAAUAAGAAAUAAAGUAUGGUUUUCUGCAUACUGUGAGCAUAGUAAACAGUAGUUGUCUGCUGUUGUGUGUGGAGGGAGAGGCAGUGUUCUCAACACCUUUUGCUCUUGUAUAUACCACACUACCUCCAAACAUUAAUUUACUAAAUUCAUUUUCUGUAAACACUUUUUUUCAAAUUUGAGUGUUGAGGUAGCGGAGUCACAUUGACAGCACCUUGAAGUGUUGAAAUGAAGACUUGCUAUUACACGAAUUACACUGAAUUUUCAUUUUUUUUUUUUUUUUUUUUUUUUUCUCUCCAAAUAAUUGAGAAUUGUUCCAUUAGGGGAAUGGUAAUGUUAAUUGUCAAGAAAAUAUAUAGUUUUAUGUUUUAGUACUGUACAGUAUGUAAUGUAAUGACGACUUGGUGACGUAUACUUCGAAGGUGAUAAAAGAUGCCAACACAUCUUCACAUUUGUGCUUACUGUAGUUAAGAGUACACAUGGCAGAGUUCAUUUUGUAAAAUUUAAAUUUAAUAAACGAUGGGAAAUGUCAAAAGGGUAUGAAAUAACCAAACACCUUUAGCAGUUUGAGAUUUGUUUAAUAAUGAUUUACCACUAAAUAUACUUUGUGAUAUGCACAUAAGGAUUCACUAAAAGUGUGAGGUGAGUUGGGUGUGCACAGGUGCAGUAGUGUGUUAUGCAAGUAUUGACCAAUUUGUUUGUGUAUAUAUAUGUUAAGAAGUGGUGUAUAUAAUGAUUAUAUAUAAUGUUUUGUAUUUCAGGGAAGUUUAAUAAAUGUGAACUGAAGA